AAAAACCCAAAAGUUAAGAUUUAGGCUAUUUUAAACAUUGAGGUCGGUCGAUAGUUCGGAUAAUGAAGAUGGAUUAUACGCUUUUGUCGGUAUUUCUCAUGUUUACAAGUGUUUCAGCACAAGAAAAAAAAUCGUUCGAAUUCGAAAUCGGCAGUUUUGUGAUUGGUUUUCUUAUUUCUUCGAUCUUCCUGGUAGUUCCAGUCUGGACCAUAUUCAAAAUGCAGAAAAAAAUAAAGAGUAUGCAGAAAAAUGCAGAAGUAAAAGUACACAACUACGAAACUAUUGAAGAAAGAGCAACUCCUCCUAACAACCCAGUAUUUCAACCAACGUAUUCGAAUGUGCUGCAAGAAACUGCCGGUUACGAACAAGCUUGUUUUACGACAACUAUCCAAACACAGGAGGAAUCAGCUUACGAAAAUUGCAACGCCUAAUUUCAGCUGUGCAGUAUCUACUAGAAUAUCACAUAAAAAAAAGAAAAUUUAAAACAAGUCGUCUUUCAAAGAAUAUUCAUCAAACUCAUAUCAUACAAGAUCUUAGCUGGCUUUGAUAGUUCAACCUUUUCGUCAUACAUCCAGGCUAACGCAGUUAUCCCAUUUCUCACAUAGGGUGUUGUUAUCCCAUUUGUCUAUUGUCAUAAUAGUUCUUUCUACUGUAAUCGCUUUGUCUGCUUCUGAGUAGGCCUAUAUCUCAGUCCGAACACCGUGAUCUUGAUUACAAAUCAUCAGUCCCAAUCAUGUGGAUCGCUUCUUAUUCUCUUGGGUCUCUUGUUUUAUAACAAAAACAUACAAAAGUUUUCAUCUCAUUUUCUGAUGAAUUUUAUUGUUUAUUUUGAAUUCAAUAUCGAACCGCUGCUUUAUAAUAAUAGAAUUAUGUAGGACAUCUGCGCGAGCACUGGUAGU